UUUGACAAAUAUUAUCAAAACAAAAUAUUGAUUGAGUUCAGUGCUAUAUUUUUAUUUCUGUUGCUACUGUUGCACUUAUCUAAUAAACCUAAUAUUGUUACACAUUUAUAAUACAAAAAGAACAAUGACGAAACUUCUGGAAUGGAUGUCAAUGACUUCAGCUAUUUUGGCAGUGUGGUGUUCUCUCGUUGGUGGCUAUGUGAAACACAAAUUCAUUGAUGAAAAUAUGAAUUUUAUUGUAGUAUCACCAAUCAUAUUUAUUAUUUUAUUUGGCCUUUAUGCCGUUACUGUUGUAUUGUAUAGAACAUUUACAUUUAAUAACUGUGAGGAAGCAGCUGUACAGUUAAAGGCUGAAAUUAACGAGGCAAAGAAAGACUUAUAUGAUAAAGGAUUGAGAUGGUAAAAUAAAAAUUCCAGCUAAGUUUAAGAAAUUCCAUUUGAGUAUUUAUUUGUUUCAUAUUAAAUAUACUAUUUUUUAUUUA